CUACAUUGCAUUACGAAGUAAUCAUGCCUCUCUUUGUCGACUCUAUCGCUAGAAACCUGAAAAGACCCGAGACUGGUUUGGUUGGAUCAUUUAUAUUGCGUUUAUUAAAGAAAGUAAACCGUUCCCUUGAGGAGAAGGCUGUGGAGCAUGCAGAGAUUGAGCCACACCAUCAUGUCUUAGAAGUCGGCUUUGGCCCAGGGUUAGGACUCAAGAGAGCAGCACAGUGUGUCAAAAAAGGUGAGGGAAUGGUACAUGGUAUUGAUUUCUCUCCAGCCAUGAUGACGGCAGCAAUGGACCAUCUAGAGCAGGAGAUUGCAGAUGACAUAGUUGAGCUAACACUAGGCAAUGCAGUCCACCUGCCUUACCGUGAUAACUCCAUGGACCGCAUCUUCCAUACCAACUGUUAUUACUUCUGGCCAGACGUGACAGCGGUAACCAAGGAACUCUUCCGUGUUCUGAAGCCUGGUGGUCAGAUGAUGACUCUGCUCAAUCUGGAGAGGGUUAAAGCAUCACAUGACACUGGCUAUCUCAAGUAUGGCAACUAUGAUCCAGAUGGCUACAUGGAUGCAUUGAGGACUGUGGGGUUUGAAUGCGAUGGUAUGAAGUCAUUAAAGGAUGGUGAAGCGCCAUAUGAAUUGAUUCCAGCGAGGAAAUCAUGAUUUGAGGAACAGUACUUUCAUAUUCCACUUUACUAAUCUUUGUAAUUAUAGUUUUGCAAUAUUUAUGUACUUAUGUUUUAAUAAUUUCAUACAAAUUAGUCUUUCCAGCAAAUUUUUCUUAAUUCUGCAUUACAUUCAUAUAAUACUCGAAGUUCAUCUAAUUUUCAUUUAAAUAAAAUAAGACUAAAUUAUAACUAAGAAAUCAUUUUUUUUUUAAAGGGCCACAAUUGUGGAAUAAUAUACCUCAAGAUAUAAAAUCUAGUCCAUCAAUUAACGUUUUUAAAA